AUGGACGGCACGGGCUCUGGACCAGGUGCUCAGAGUCCGGAGAAUCCAAACCGGGCCGUAGAGUACCUUCUAGAGCUCAACCACAUCAUCGACUCACAGCAGAAACUUCUGGAGUCCCAGAGAAAACGUAUCCUAGAGUUGGAGGUUCAGCUGGAGCGGCUGAGCCAGGAGAACCAAGACCUGAGGAACCAGGACCGAAGUCAGUCACAGGAACCAACCAUCACCGGGAACAGCCAAACCACCUCCAGUCCAGACCCACGGCAGAGUCAGGCUAAAGCUCGUCCUGAACCUCCUCCUCCUCCACCUUUGCCUCCCACCAUCGUUCUUUCCAAAAACCCCAAUAAAACCAGCUCUGGAGCAGCCAAAACCAGUUCUGGUCUUAGCAAAACCAGUUCUGGAUCAACCAAGACCUGUUCAGUCCCAGCUCGACCCUCUGAAUCCUCCUUAAAGAACCCCAAAGCUCAAGACUGUGGUUCUAAACCCCGGAUCUGUAUAAACUCGCACAGUGUGGAAUUGAAGGCCCAAGAUGGCGGCUGCCGGACGCCUUCUGUGUCCGCCAAGGUUUGUUCCGUGUCGAGCUCUAACUCCGAACUUAACCCAAAAACCACAGAGAUAACAUCUAAGACGGCAGAGUUCUCCUCCAGGACAUUCGAAUUCUCCUCUCGAGGCCCAGUCCUUGCCAAGACCGAGUCCGGGUCUAAAGCUCACUUCCAGAGCCACUUCUCUUACAGCAGCAGCGUGGCUAACGUUAGCUUCCAGAUCCCCGCUGCAGCCACGCCCUCAUCAAGUCAAAUGGAAGCUCCGCCCCCACCACCCCUUCCAGUGCGCACACACAUAAGCACCCACGUGAACACCCACGUGAACGCUCACGUGAACGCCCACGUGAACGCCCACGUGACCGCCCACGUGAGAGCUCGCACCUCGACUGGGACCAACACCAACUUUGUGGAGAAAGAAAGAGAACGACUGGAGCGACUUCAUAGAGUUAAUGCAGCUAACAAUGUCCAUGCACACACCAUGCAUGCUAGCAGGUGUCAUUCAUCCACGUCCUGCCGCUCUCCCCCCUCCUCAUGUAUCUCCCCACCCACCUCCUGCGUUUCUCCACCCACUUCCUGUAUGUCUCCACCCACCGCUUGCAUAACCCCGCCCUCCUACCCUGGGUCUUCAUCCAGUCUUCCUCCAAACAGCUCGUUCCACCAGUUCUGCUGCGCCUCCCGACUCCUGCACCUGCCGCCCCCGCCGAGCAAGCACUCCAGGGAGGAUGACGAUGAUGACGUCGCUCAUCAGUUCUGUUGCCCCGCCUCCGAGUGCAGUAGCCCCUCCUCCAGAACCGGACCCCAGGAGCCUAUAGACCCCCAGGAGCCUAGACCCGUGCGCCCGUGGUUCCGACGCCCGUUCUCCCGCGGAGUCAUGUGGUGCAUCAACUGCGCGUCGGAUAAAACGCCAGCGCUCAACAACAAGCUUCUGUUCAGUUCUGACCAACCCCAUUGCACUGAAGCCACCAUGAUGCCCUUUGAGCCCUCCCCAUUCUCCUCCCACUUCCAUCGUCAUGGCAACAAUCCCUUGCCCCUUCGCCACAACAACAGUCCUAUGUCCCGCCCCUGUGACCCGUGUGACCCGUACUGCUCUGCUCACACACUCACUCAGGGCUCCGUGUCUCCCUUGUCUCCCUCUGGUCCUGGACUUACUUGGGCUCAGAGAAGGCUACAGUCCGCCAGUGUGGCUCUCAGAAACCAGGAUGAGGAUUACGAACUGUCCACGGACCUGCAGGACAAGACGGUGGAGAUGUUGGAGAGGAAAUAUGGUGGGCAGUUUGUGACUCGCCGAGCAGCAAAAACUAUCCAAACAGCUUUCAGACAAUAUCGAAUGAGGAAGAACUUUCAACGUUUGCGGAGUUCUGCCUCUGAGAGUCGCAUGACCCGACGUAUCAUACUGACUAACAUGAGAUCACAGUAUUCAUUUGAAGAGCGACUCCCCCAGGGGCAGGGAUCAGAGAGUCAGCCAGGAUCAGAGGUCAAUGCUGAUCUGGACGAUGCCUUUUCCAAAGCGGUGGCCUCUUUAGCUGACUCCAUGGAUGAGUCCCUGACCUGUCAGUCCCAGUCUGGUCUGGACUCUCAAGACCCUCCAGAGGACAGUGCAGAGGAGACCCCCGAGGACAGCCCUGAGGAGGACAGUCCAGAUGAGGAUAGUCUAGAGCCAGAGCAGUACCAGAACUAUCGCUGCUCCCUGGGACCUGGAUCCAGCUCCGACACAGAGUUCUGGUCUGGAGACAGAGAGAGUUCGAGAAGUGGGUCCAGACGAGGGUCGAGAGGGGGUAAUACACCAGGACACCUGCCUGUUCUCACCAUCGAACCCCCCAGCGACAGCUCUGUGGACAUGAGUGACCGCUCUGAGCGUGGAUCUAUUGGGCGCUUAGUCUAUGAGCAGGAUUCUUCAGUGGAUCGAGGAGCAGAGGGGGAGGUCCGAAGUGAAACUGGAGGAGAGACGGCAGGAGAGGAGGAUGAGGACAGCCCCGAGGAGGAGGAAGAAGAGGAGGAAACUCGAGAUGAAGGAGACUCCACUGAAACUGAAUCCCUGCAGGGAACCAUCAAACACAAACCCAACCAGAACCAGGCGCAGGGACAGACCAGGGUCCCAGCACCACUGCCCAUUCCAUCUGCCCGUACACUGCCUACACACCCACUCACCCACCCCCAACCUCAUCCGCAGAUGCACACUCACCCGCAGCACCCCCUACUGCCCCACAUGCAGCACAGCACCCCCUACACACAAAUUCAUCACCAACACCAGCCUUACGUCCAGCAUUUUCUCCACAACCAGGGGUACAACCAAAGCCAGGUCUACAGCCAGCUCCACGGAUACCACCCCCAGACUCACACUCACCCGCAACUUCUGGCCCACACUUGCCAACAGACCCCUCCAAACAUGCCCUCCUUCCCUGAGCACACAUGUCUUGCGCAAAAGCCCCAAUAUCCCCAAAACCUGCCCCAGCAAAGGCCGCUUCUGCCCCCCCACGCGAUGCACAACCACCCCCUACUGCACAACCACCCGCAGAACUACCCACAAGUCCACCCCCACACUCACGCCCUGAACCACGCUCACUUUGCUCCACACCCGAUUCACAGCUUUCCCCAGGCGGAGGCUCACUUCCACCAGCUUCCUCCGCAGAUGCCUCCACAGAUGCCUCCUUUGCCCCAUUUGCCCCACUUGCCUCCCCCGUGCUGCCCCGAACCCCCCGUCUCGCCUCACCCUUUGUUGUCUUCGGAUGGUGACAACGAUAGCGUCCAAUCGGCCACCACAAACUCCAACGACGAUACGACCACGACGGCCAAUCACAGCUCAGGCUCGUCUUCUCGUGACAGCCAGCCAAUGGGAGCCCUUGCUGGGAUGGGGGGCGGGGCUGUGAGUAAAAUGACCUAUCAGAGGGAAAGCAGAAACAACUGGGACUCUCCUGCGUUUAAUAACGAUGUGGUACAGAGACGACAAUAUCGCAUCGGACUCAACCUCUUUAACAAGAAGCCGGAGAAGGGUGUGCAGUACCUGAUCGAGCGAGGCUUUGUGACGGACUCUCCUCUGGGCAUCGCUCGCUUCAUUCUUGAACGGAAAGGUUUGAGUCGACAGAUGAUCGGAGAGUUUUUAGGCAACAGGCAGCAGUUCAACAAAGAUGUGUUAGAAUGUGUCUUGGAGGAGAUGGACUUCUCGGGGAUGGAUGUAGACGAGGCGUUAAGGAAGUUUCAGGCUCAGAUCAAAGUACAAGGAGAAGCUCAGAGAGUAGAGCGACUAGUGGAAGCUUUCAGUCAACGAUACUGUGUGUGCAACCCGGUUCUGAUCCGCCAGUUUCAGAACCCGGACACAAUCUUCAUUCUGUCCUUUGCUAUAAUCUUACUGAACACGGACCUGUACAGUCCAAGUGUGAAACCGGAGAGAAAAAUGAAACUGGAGGAUUUCAUUAAAAACUUACGAGGAGUAGACAAUGGGAGCGACAUACCGAGGGAUUUGUUGGUGGCAAUAUUUGGGCGGAUUCAAAAAUGGGAGUUGAGAACCAAUGAUGACCAUGUGACCCAAGUCCAGGCGCUGGAGCGGAUGGUGGUCGGCAAGAAACCGGUGUUGUCGCUGUCUCACAGGAGGCUGGUUUGCUGCUGCCAGCUUUACGAAGUCCCAGACCCAAACCGGGGCCAGAAGUCUGGAGUUCACCAACGGGAGGUGUUUCUCUUCAACGACCUGCUGAUGGUCACAAAGAUAUUUCAGAAGAAGAAAAACUCGGUGACCUACAGUUUCAGACAGUCGUUUCCGUUAACUGACCUCCAAGUCCAGACCUUCCACAACAACUUCUAUCCUCACGGGAUCCGGCUUACGUCCCAGACCCCGGGAUCUGAGAAGAAAGUCCUGAUGGUUUUCAACGCCCCAAGUCACCAAGACCAAGCACGCUUCGGUUCAGAUCUGAGAGAAAGUAUUGCAGAGGUUCAAGAGAUGGAGAAGUACCGCCUUGAGUCUGAACUGGAAAAACAGAAAGGACCAAUCAGAAGCGACCUUGUAAACGGCACAGGACCAAUGAGAGGAGAGAUGGUGAACGGAGUUCGUCCCAGUUUAGAUGAUUCCUACGCCACUGACGGCCUUAAGCGGAACGCUCUUAACUCCUCUCUGAGAGACUUGACUGAGACAGGGAAGCGUGGGCGGAGAAACAGUGUGGGUUCCUUGGACAGCACCAUUGAGGGCUCCAUUUUGUCAGGACCACACUACAGAGAACAGCGCCCUCCUCAGGCCGCACCCUUCUCGCCGGUUUCUCCAUCUCCUGGUUUCCAGGGUUACCGCUUUGUGGGUAUACCCAAACCACCAGUCCCAGCGCCACAUUCGUCAUUUGCAGGACGUCGUGCAAAGAUUCCGGUGCCUUUGGUGAUGUCACCGCCUGUGACUCCGCCCCCAUUAACUCCUCCUAUUUCCUCUCCACCACACUACCCUGCUCCCUCUCCACCUGUGGCCCCGCCCCCUCCUUAUCACCUCGUCCAAUCGCAGGCGACUGCCAAACGAACACUGUCCACGCCCCUGUCUCCAAGAUCUCCACUUCCUACCCAAUCACGAGUCUCCAACAGCGGCAGCCAAUCGUCUCGCAGCCCUGGGUAUAAACUACCUCUAAGCUCCUCCCACUCUCAUCCUCUGAGUCCAGGCCAUUUCUUGUUCAGCGCUCCGUCUGCUCGGUUGGUCCCUCAGCACUAUGCCCCGCCCAUGCCAGGGACUCUGGCCCCGCCCCCUCGCUCACCGCUCCCUUCAGGCGCCACAGCAACAGCAUCUAUGCCAACGGCAGCCAUGGCAACAACAACAAUGAAAAACAAACAGAGCCGCAUAAGCACCGUCGUCUAA